GCGGCUGAUGCUCAUACUGCGCGACGGACCCGGAAGAGGACCCGGUCGCUAGAUGACGACUCGUGGACCCGGGCUGCACGUGAAUCUUAUGGACUGAACUCUGGUUCGGAUGCCUGGCGGCGUUCUCCCGAGCCGAAGGGCCCAGAGCAGCUCCCCCUGCGAGCAGAGGUGCCGCCGGCUCCGGAGGAGAUCCCGGGAAGAACCUCUUACCUGGACUUUUAAACACGUAUCAAGCUCCAUCCACUUCCGGCUGCUUCACUGUUAGAAUCAAAGAGGAGACAUUAAAAAUAUUAAAGGAUUAUUAACCUUUUUAUAGGAUAAUAGUUCAACUGUAGGGAAUAAUGGCAGGUUAUAAGCCUGUUGUUAUUCAGACAUUUCCCAAACUUGGUGAGAAAAUAACUCAAGAUACAUUGUAUUGGAAAAACUAUAAAACUCCUGUUCAGAUAAAGGAGUUUGGUGCAGUAACAAAAAUAGACUUUUCUCCAGAGCUUCCCUAUAAUUAUGCUGUUACAGCUUCUUCAAGGGUUCAUAUUUACGGCCGAUAUUCCCAAGAACCAAUAAAAACCUUUUCCCGCUUUAAGGACACAGCAUAUUGUGCCACCUAUCGACAAGAUGGUAGGCUUCUUGUUGCUGGCAGUGAAGAUGGUGUUGUCCAACUUUUUGAUGUGACUGGAAGGGCACCACUCAGACAAUUUGAUGGUCAUUCAAAAGCUGUUCAUAUGGUAGAUUUUACAGCUGACAAAUACCGCCUUGUCUCUGGAGCAGAUGAUUAUACAACUAAGUUAUGGGACAUCCCAAAUGCCACAGAAAUUCUGUCCUUCAGUGAGCAUACAGAUUAUGUGAGAUGUGGUUGUGCUAGCAAACUCAAUGCAGAUCUCCUUGUAACAGGUUCAUAUGACCAUACUGUGAAAAUGUUUGAUGCCCGAGUGAAGAAAAGUGUGCUGACUGUGGAGCAUGGACAGCCUGUGGAGAGCGUUUUGCUCUUCCCGUCUGGAGGUCUUCUAGUAUCUGCAGGUGGUCGCUAUGUUAAAGUCUGGGACAUUCUAAAAGGAGGACAAUUACUAGUAUCUCUGAGAAAUCAUCAUAAAACUGUCACAUGCUUAUGUUUAAGCAGCUCUGGACAAAGACUACUCUCUGGAUCACUAGACAGGAAGGUGAAAGUGUACAGCACGACUUCCUACAAAGUAGUGCACAGUUUUGAUUAUGCAGCAUCAAUUUUAAGCUUGGCAUUGGCACGUGAAGAUGAGACUAUAGUUGUAGGAAUGACUAAUGGAGUGCUAAACGUUAAACAUCGGAAACCUGAAGCAAAGAAGGAUCCUUUUCCAAGGAGACGAAGGCCUGCAUAUAGAACUUUUGUUAGAGGAAAAAAUUACAUGAAAAAACAGGAUGAUGUUUUGAUUAGUAGACCAUUAAAGACAUACUUAAAGACUUAUGACAGAGAUUUGAAAAGCUUUCAGGUUUCCAAAGCUCUUGAUAGAGUAUUUCAGCCCAGAUUCAGAGUCAAACAGCCCGAAGUUACAGUUGCUGUCAUUCAGGAGUUAAAUAGAAGAGGAACACUUUCGAAUGCCCUUGCAGGGAGGGAUGAGAAACAACUUAGCAUUAUUCUUAGUUUCUUAAUAAGGCAUCUGGCUGAGCCAAGAUUUGCCCCUGUUCUGAUCAUUGUUGCUGAAAUGGUUAUUGACAUUUACCUACCCGUGAUUGGACAGUCAUCAGUAAUUGACAAACAGUUUUUGGUUCUUCAAGAGCUUGUAGAAAAGGAGAUUAGUUACCAAGGACAACUAUUAGAAGCUUUGGGGAUGAUGGACAUGCUUUUUGCUACCAUGAUAAGAAAAGAAAGCACUUCUGUGUUCGACAGUAAACCCAAUGGUGUUUCUAGGGAACAGGAACAAGAUACAAGCAGCAUGCCUGUUUGAUGUCUUGGUUGGUGAACAAUACCAACCUUUAAAUGAACUUUAGCCUAUUCAGUAUUGGAAGGGGAACUGUUCAGUGAGUGACUCCCUGUGGAUAACUUUGUACAAGAAAGAACUCAUCAAAACAUUUUCCAAGAGAGACUGAAAUAAUGAUGUUUGGAAAAUAAACAUCUCCUUAAAAUGUGGUUUUUGAUGAAGUGAUUUUGUUUCUACAUUUUGAAUAUUUUUAUAAAAUCUUCAGAUUGGUGAUGAUUUUGCUUAUCUGGCUCUUACUGUACUGGCCGCAGUUCAUUAGAAUGAGCUGAUGUUUUGAUUCAGCAAACGUUCUACAUCAGAAUCUGGGACAGGGAAUAAAUAGCAUUCAGAGAAGAUCAUGUUUCUACUAGAAAGGAGAAGCUCUCUGGACAAUGCCUCCAUUCUGAGAUUAAGAUAAGAAUUUUUUUCUUUUGUAGCAGCAAAACUGAUUUCCUACUUUGCCAGCUCUAGAGAGGGCACGUGGCAUCCUCAAUGUCCUAUCAGACUAGCUGUCCCAUUCUCUGUAGCUAUUAGCUAUGGUAGAACUGUAGCUUUCCUAAGACACUGGGAUCUACACCAAUCUUGCCUCAACAUGGAGAGAACAGUUUACACUUUGCCAAUAUGAUUGAAUGUGUUAACAUUCAGUACCUAGAAAUGAUUACAUUUGUACCUGAAUGUUUCAUUAAUUUUUCUGGGUAAGGGAAUACCAUCACCUUUAGGAGUUUCUUUAUAAUAAGGAAGUUCUCCUGUCAGAUUUCUAGUCUUUUUAGUCUCUGAACCUGACUUUUCUUUAGUCAUAGUCUCAGAGGAUAGCCUUUUGAUGUUUCUCUUCUGACUACCCUCCAGAUACUUGAAUGUUAUUAAUUUUACCCCUUGUCUUUUUUUUUUUUUUUUUAAGGGCGUGGGGAGGGAAUUAAAUAGUUCUUUCAUACUCAAAGCCUAUCUUUUCUUAAAAGAGAUUUUGAUGUAAGUAUAUGAAUGCAAUAGUAUUAGGAUGCCAUAAGAAAUGGAGAAAAGGAUUGUCAGGAAAGUAGACUUUUAAGAACUGAUAAGUAAAGUGAGCAGAACUGGGAAACAGUUUAAUGACCAUAUUAGAGGGGGGAAAAAAAAAACUGAUCAAUGACAAAUUUAAU